AUGUCGGAACGAAGAUCCUCCGAUGGUAAGACAGAAGUGCGAGCCAGAUUUACUGCUGAACCGGGGGCUCCCACGGGGAAACCCCAGGCAUCUCCACUCUUGUCGUCAACUCCACCAACAGUUGCAAAGUCGUUGGUGAAAUCAUACCCGUACCUUUUGAUCGUCAACAAAGCGUUGUCGAUAUUCACAUGGACCAACGAUGAUUAUUGGGUCAAUUUGAUCAUAGUGUGCAUGUACUCGCUCUUGGUGGUGUACUUUGAAAACAUUAUUACGUGGAGUGGGCAUCUUGUUGUGGUGGCCAUCUUGGCACUCUAUGCUCUUUUGAACCACAAAAUCACUCAGGAGACCAACCUGAAACCAACGUUGGACGACGUAGUACAGGCCCUUACCACCACCUGUAUCAAGGCAGAUAUGUUGUUGGAUCCAAUUACAUCGUUGGCGUUGUCGGCUCACGAUAUUAAACGGCUACUUUUCACCACCGUUUUCCUCACUCCACUCUACCUUAUCGUUACACUUGUGGUGAUUCCUCCCCGGACAAUUUUGCUUGUGGUUGGGGUGUAUUUAUUGACAUAUCACUCUGUCUACAUGAGAGUAACUCGUCGGAUCAUUUGGAAGCUCAAAAUUGCUCGUCUCAUUUGUUUCUACUUGACCGGCCUUGACUUCCAGAACCGUAACCACAUUUUUGCAGCCGCUUUCGCCAAGGUGCAAAAGGGCAACACUAAUAACGGCUUGGGUGAUCCUAAUAAGCCGGUACGGUUUGCCUAUGUCGUUUACGAAAAUCAGCGACGGUGGUUGGGUAUAGGCUGGACCGCCAACCUUCUUUCAUACGAAAGAGCACCUUGGACCGAUGAAUUCCUCAACGAGAGCCCUUCGGUAGAUAAGUUUGAACUCCCAAGCCCAGACAAUGACUACUCUUCUGGCUCUUCAGCAAUGCCUAUGGCUUCGGGUGCAACAUGGAGAUGGGUCGAUAAGUCCUGGCGCCUCGACCUUACCAACGAUGGUGCUAUCACUUUAAACAAAAGAUCAAAGACCACUGCUGAUCCUGGCCCUGAUGAAGGGUUCAUUUACUAUGACAAUGUAUGGAAAAAGCCAUCUACAGAGGACUCGUACUCCAAGUAUACUAGAAGAAGACGGUGGGUACGCACAGCCGAAUUGACUUUUGCCAAAGCUGGAACUACAGAAAAGGAAUCAGAGAAGUCAAUUGAUAUUCCUCUUGAAUCUUCUGACCAAAAAUCAGGUAAAAAACUUCGGUUUGCCGAAUCUGAUGUCAGUAUCACCAGUGAAGUCGACGACGAUGCCAUCCACGCCUCUCUCGAAGACGAAAAGUCUCCACUCGUCCAGGAUAAGAAGAACGACUAG